AUGCCCGGGGAGCGCCUGGGCGCCCUGCCCGCCCUCCCUCCCUCCCUCCCUGGCGCCGAGGCGGGAAAACUUAGCAUUGGUGCCGACGCUGUCCAGCGCGGGGUGGAAGGGCUCACGUAUCUUCUCACGGAAAGCUCCAAGCUGAUGAUUUCAGAGAUUGACUUCCAAGAUUCCAUUAGUGUUUUGGGAUUCUCAGAUGAAUUGAACAAAUUAUUGCUCCAGCUGUAUCUUGAUAACAGGAAGGAGAUCAGGAGCAUUCUUAGUGAGCUGGCACCAAAGCUUCCUAGCUAUCACAAUCUUGAGUGGAGACUGGAUGUGCAGCUUGCAAGCAGAAGUUUGAGACAACAGAUCAAACCUGCUGUGACCAUAAAGCUCCACCUUACUGAGAAUGAAGGUGAAACUGCCCAGGUGUUGCAAACCGACCCUGCCACCCUCCUCCACCUCAUUCAGCAGCUGGAACAAGCCCUGGGGGAGAUGAAGACAAACCAUUGCAGGAGAAUCGUGCGCAACAUGAAGUAG